AUGGCAUCAGGUGGACACGGAGGUUUAAAAGAAGUUUUUGAUAAAUAUUCAAAAUUUGGAAAAAGUGAAUCUCAAUUGAAAGAAAAAGAUAUUCGAAUUGACUCAAAAAAUCUUACAAAAAUGUUGAAAGAUACGGGUGUUCUCGAUAGUAAAUACUCAUCAAAUUUAUUCGAUAAUGAUAUGGCUCGUGUUCUUGGCAAACUUACUACUGGUGGAACAUAUGCUAAGGGAAUUAAAACAUUUGAAUUUCAAGGUUUCAAACAACUUAUUGAACAAGUUGCUGAAUCAAAAAAAACAUCGGUUGAUAGUAUUGUUGAAAAAAUUCAAUCUUCAGGUGGACCAAGCUUGGCAAAUGUUACGCAAACUGCCAAUAAGGAGACAACUGGCCGUAUGACUGAUACAAGUCAAUAUACAGGUUCACACAAAGAACGUUUUGAUGCUGAUGGACAUGGAAAAGGAAUAGAGGGUCGUGCGGACAUUGAUAAGAAUACAGGAUAUGUUGGUAAUUACAAAGAGGAAGGUACCUAUGAUAAAAAACAUUAA